CUCUCACUCUUAUACUUUUCUCUAAAUUGAGAGAAGCAAAAAGAUGGGAAUACUCUCAAACAAAAUCUCGAGAGAUAUGCUAAACCUAGGCGAUCACAUCUAUUCAUGGCGUAAGGCAUUUGCUUAUGCGCAUCAUGGAAUCCAUGUUGGUAAUGGAAGAGUUAUCCAUUUCACUUGUGGACGUGGUCAAGAAACAGGCACCUUCUUGGGCAUCAUUGCUAGUUCUUCACCAAAUCAUGGAGUCAACCCAUGCCCGACUUGCGGAUAUAGUUCCCAGCUUUCGGGUGUCUUGUCUUCUUGCCUCGAAUGCUUCCUUGCUGGAGGAAGUCUCUACCGCUUCGAGUACAGUGCAUCUUCCAUUACCUUUCUUGCCAAACCUCGAGGAGGUGCAUGCACAACACUGCCAUCAGAUCUUCCAGAUGAAGUAGUUCGCCGUGCAAACUAUCUCUUGCAAAAUGGUUUUGCUGAUUACCAUGUUAUCACUAACAAUUGUGAGAGUUUCGCCAUAUACUGCAAAACCAGUUUGGUUUUCCAAGACCAAGCUGCAACGAGCAGUCAAGCCUUGUCAGGGGCAUGGGCUUUUCAAACUGGUGCUAGUAUGAUUUUUUCAACAGCAGGAGUAGCUUUUGUAACGACGGGAGCACAAAUAGCAGGAGCAGCUUCUGUUGCUGCCAUAGCAGGUCCAGCUAUUGUAUUGCCUUGUUGCUUUGCCGCAGGCACCAACAUCCUUCGUCUGAUGGGCGACAAAGGCCUGAAACAUCAGAGAAAGGUGCCUGUGGAGAGAGUUGUUUCUCAGAUUAAUGCUGGCAGGGCAAGGAGGCAGAGAGGAGCUUGAGGAAGGCCACUUAACCCAUAAUUGCCCAUACUUUAGUUUUGGAUAUCCUUUUGCAAUUAUUGGGGAAUAAAUUAAAAAACAAAUCUGAUGUUGUACGUGCCAAAGAAAAGAAGAAUGGUGUAGAGAGACAAAUCUGUAUUGUUUUCGUUAAUGAAAAUGUGUUUUAUGUUUUGUUUUA